AUGACAUUAACAGCAUCACAAAUCGAAUCAAGGGAACUUUUAGCACCUAUCAAAUUUCACCGAAUCUUCAAGAUUCCAGCAACGGCAGAACACGCAGAGCUUAAGGUAUCAUAUGCCAUCGCAGGACCAUCAGAUGAGAAUGUGCCGACUAUCCUUUUUGUUGCGGGCAUGAUGGCUGUAAGAUGGCUAGCAUGUUUCUUUGAUCAUGUGGCCAUGGAUGAGGGCGUGAGAAUACUUUUUAUCGACAGACCUGGGUUUGGGGGUUCUACUCCAGUUCCACUUCGAGACCGUAUACCCAUCUAUCUUGAGACUAUCCCUCUGCUCCUCAAGCAUUUGAACAUUAAACACGUUUCACUUGCAAGCCAUAGUGCUGGGACUAUAUACGCUCUCAAUAUCAUCGCCCGCCUUCCCCAUAUUAUUUGUCCAAGUCGCCCCAGAAUCACUCUGCUUUCUCCUUGGGUUCAUCAAGACCUGUCAUCGACCUACUUCCUUCAAUUUGCUGCCAUACUUCCCAAUAGUAUGCUUGAUCACUGGAGUUCGGUCACAAAGUUCAUUGUGAACAAUGCUGCGCCUAUGAUCGCAAGUUCAGGAGGGGCAUUUGCUGCUAUCAAAUCUUUCCUUUCUACCCCAGAAACCGCCGCAGCAACGCAGAGAGAGGCAGCAGAGCAAAAGUGUCGAGAAGGAUAUGGUGUAUCAAUAGAGACGAAAAAGGAGAUGGAAACUCUUCUAUUAAAAUGGGCUUUUCUAGAAGAUACGUCGGGCAUAAAUGACGAGGCAAGAUUGUGUUUGAAAAAGACGGAUCAUUGUAGUUGGGAUGCUUGUGAGGAUUACGAAGAGAUGGUAAAAAAUCUAGUAGAGAUGUGGACUCAAAGGGUUGAAAGGAAUCAAAGUGCGAUACUGGAAGUGAAAAUUUACCUUGCUGAAGAGGACAUGAUGACUGGUGAGAAGGGGAAAGAAUACUUCCGAAAGUGUUGGACCAGCAAGGAUUGGGUUUCGGGAAUCAAGGUGAGUUGUGAGCAACUGAAGGGUACAGAUCAUGACACUGUUCUGGACCCAUUCAAUAGUCUGAGAGAUAUUGCGAGAACAGCGCAUGAGACACUGAAAUGGGAGGCCUGUUCUGCACCCUACAACGAUUGA